AUGAACGAUCUUCGAGUCGCGAAGUUGUUAAUGCUGAAACUCGGCGAAACGUUUCAAGAUUUCCAGGCGAAAUCUUUUUCAAUGCUUGCUCUUACAGAACAAUGGCGAACAUUGCAGGCAUCUUUCGCAAAGGUGAACAAAUCGAUCGAGGAGCGAGUCAAGGAGGUGGAGUCAAAGGAGAGAGAAAAUGAUUUUACUCGAACAUCGCUUCAGAAUUACAAGAAGGGAGUUGAAAUUAGGGCUAAGAAAUUGGAGUUCGAUGAGAGUUGGUUGAGUCGAAGAAUCGAAGGGGUUGAGUUGGGGGAGAAGCAGAUUAAGGAUUGGUAUGAGUCGAUUGAGUUGGAGAAGAGAGUUAUUCAAGAUCGGAUUAAGGCGGUGGAGGUUAUGGAAAAGAGAUUUAAGGAGGGGUUCGAGAAGGUUAAGGUUGUCGAGGAGAGGAUAAAGAAGGUGGAGGAGCGAGAGCGGGAGGUGGCCGUACGCGAAGAGGCGUGUAGUGUGAGGGAGAAGGAAGAGAUGGAGGAUAUGGAUGAAUUGUAUAGUGUUUUGUUGGUUAAGGAGAAGGAGAUUAAUGAGACUACGAGAGUUUUGGGGUCGAAACGGAAGGAAAUCGAGGCGGGUUGGGAAAUGUUUAGGGAGAAAGAGAAGGAGUUUAAGGAGCAAUGCUUGUCGAUGGAGUCGGAAUCGAAGCAAUUGAAUGAGAAAAGCGAGGAAUUGGAGUUGAAAGAGAAGGAGGUUAAGGAGCAAUGUUUGUCGAUGGAGUCGGAGUUAAAGCGAUUGAAGGAGAAAAGCGAGGAAUUGGAGUUAAAGGAGAAGGAGAUGAAGGAGCGAUUCUUGUCGAUGGAGUUGGAAUCGAAGCGAUUGAGGGAGCGAAGUGAGGUAUUGGAGUUAAAAGAGAAGGAGAUUAAGGAACAAUGCUUGUCGAUGGAGUUGGAAUCGAAGAGAUUGAAGGAGCAAAGCGAGGAGUUGGAGUUGAAGGAGAUUAAGGAGCGAUGUUUGUCGAUGGAGUUGGAAUCGAAGCGAUUGAAGGAGCAAAGCGAGGAGUUGGAGUUGAAAGAGAAGGAGAUCGAUCAACGAAUGGAAUCGAAAGAGAAUCAAGUGAACAAGCGUGUAGAAUUGAAAGAGAAGGAACUCGAGAUGAAAGAGAAGCAAGUGAAUAGGCGACUCGAAACGAAAGAGAAGCAAGUGAACAAGCGACUCAAAUCGAAGGAGAAGCGGCUUGAAGAGCGUUGUAGGCAGAUUGAAGUCAAGGAGAAGGAGAUUAAUGAGAGAUUGGUGGCAAUGCAAGCGAAACAGAAGCAAAAUGGUAGAAAAAGAAGACGUUCUUCAUACUAA